AAUCUGGCAGGAGAAUUUUGUUGUUGUGUGGCUCUUGUUUAUUUGUCUGCCCAGCAACGUGAAUGUGUGUGUGUGUCUGUGCGUGCCGCCUGUGAUCUCUGUAUUUGUGUCCGUCUCCUCCGCUCCCCCCGUAUCUAUCCAUGCACGGCAUGAUAUAAACGAACCUGCCUCUGGACAUGUCAUGGCUUAAAAUAGAUGUUCAUACAUCAGCCUUUCCGCGGCAGCAGGAAGACAUGGCCGACUGGAUGUGACUACAGCCCUCAGCUGGAGCCGAGGAAUCGCAGCCCUUGUCAAGGACCGUGGGUGGCAGCAGCAGCAGAAGCGACCUGCAGGCCACUCUCCGGCCUCCCCGAACCCACAGGUAUGCCUUGUGGGUCUCGGCAGCUCCCAUGGCUUUCCUGUCCAGGUUUUCCAGGAAUGGUACCAGGUCGCCGAGCCGAGGCUCGCGGGAGGAGCGUGGCCACCACCCCAUCCUCAGCAUCUUUGAGCUCGAAAGGUUGCUGUACACAGGAAAGACAGCUUGUAACCAUGCAGAUGAGGUCUGGCCAGGACUCUACUUGGGAGACCAGGAUAUAGCCGCGAACCGGCGCGAGCUGGCGCACCUGCGGAUCACCCACAUCCUCAACGCCUCGCACAGCAAGUGGAGAGGGGGAGCCGAGUACUACGAGGGCACCGGCAUCCGCUACCUGGGCAUCGAGGCCCACGAUUCGCCCUCCUUUGACAUGAGCCCCUACUUCUACCCUGCUGCUGACUUCAUCCACCAGGCGCUCAAUGAAGGAAGAAUCCUUGUGCACUGUGCCGUUGGGGUGAGCAGGUCGGCCACCUUGGUGCUCGCCUACCUCAUGAUCCGCCACCACAUGCCCCUGGUAGAAGCCAUAAAGACCGUCAAGGACCACCGCGGUAUCAUCCCCAAUCGGGGCUUCUUGCGCCAGCUGGUCGCGCUGGACAACGCUCUGAGGUUGAAGAGGAGCAUGUGAAGUAGGGCGAAGGGCUGUUGGUUGUGUCCUGGGUGCCACAAUUUGGGCUUUCCUUAGGGUGCAGUUGCUUGGCAGCUAACAGGUUGCGUGCAGUGGCUACAGGGUGCCAUAGACACACGAGCUGUUCCUCGAGGUAGAACAUAAACCCUCAGCCUGUGAUCUUGACACCUCAGUAGGCCUAAUACCUAAUCUCCCUCCCAGCCCGCUCGCUCAAAGGCAUAUCCAGAGGGGAUAUCUUAGACCCAUGUUUCAGGUUGUUCUCUAGCCCUGCUGGCUCUGCGGAGCCUUCAAGGUUUAGUUCUCCCACCAGGCCCAUUCCAGCCCUCUCUCCAGGAGCUCUGAGCUCUGCCUGUUCCUUGUUUUCCAUUCGUUCUGCA